UUGUCUAAAACUUUGUUGGGUGUAAAUGUGAUCCUAAUUAUGCGCGCGGGUGUUUUGUUUUAUAAAAACUGCGCAUUAAGUUGCUAUAUCGUGUUUACUAGGACGUCAUUAGGACUCGGUCGGCGGAAAGCGGAGUUUUACACAGUUAGGGAAACAGGUGGGGUUUUUCCAUUCAGCAAUGGCUCCCCCUGGUGUCGAAACGCAGCCAUGACAGCGUGAUAAUGAUUGCGACAGCAUGGCCACCACUACAGAUGGCUGCAUUCAAUUCACGCGUCACGCAGGCGACGUCCUGCUCAACUUCAACCGCCUCCGCAGCAGGAACCUCCUGACGGAUGUCACGGUGCAGGUGGACGGUCAGAUCUUUCAUACUCAUAAAGCCAUCCUGGUAGCCUGCAGCGGCUUCUUCUAUUCUGUGUUCAUGAAACCCGAGAACGCCUGCCUCAGCGCCAUCAGCCUGGACCCCAAAGUAGAUCCUAAGGGUUUCUCCCUCCUGUUGGACUUCAUGUACACGUCUAUCCUGAACCUCAACGACACGGUGGCCUUGACCACCCUGAACACAGCCAUCUACCUCCAGAUGGAGCACGUUGCUGACACCUGCCACAGGUUCAUCAAGUCCAGGCAUCAGGUUCUUAAUAUGCAGAUGGAAGAGGUGCAGAAUAACCUGUCCGCUCUGACUGAGGAGAUCUCCGUGAAGAAGCCUCUGGAGGAAAAGGAGGCAGACUUAAGAAACAACCUCUUACUGACCAUGUCCUCUCAGGACUGUGGGGGCUACAUCCCCAACGUCUUCAGGGGGAUCAAAGCCACCGGUUCCUACCGCGUGUACGGUGAUCGGCAGGUCCCCGCAGCGGUACAAGAGAGUUCUAACAAGAUCCUACGACGGCAGGAAGCCGACAUGGCCUCGGCGCAGCCGUUCUCCCUCAGCCGAAACCUUCAGUAUCCCGUGUCUCCCAUGGAGGACCACGGCACUCAACACCCGCAGACCGGCUGUCUGAGGCUCACUCCCAGCUACAGCAAAGGGGUCAUCUGCAGCCCGCAGAGCCCCCUUAGAUCCGACUGCCAGCCCAACUCGCCCACCGAGUCCAGCAGCAGCAUCAACGCCAGGAUGAGCCUGAAACAGGCCUGCAGCUCCCCCAGAGACGCCAGGGCCUGCAACUGGAAGAAGUACAAGCUUAUAGCUCUGAACAAAACCCCUGAUGAGAGCGGGAAGGAGGCGGCGUCCCCCUCCCCGAGCCCCUCCAGGGGCGAAGCAGCCGGCGGAAACGACGAGCUUCGGCCGGGGGAAGGAGCCGGCGGUCACAGAGAGGAAACGGCGCUGCCUCAGAGCGAACUCAGCUGCAGCAGCAGCAGAUUCUCAAGCUGCAGCAGCCCUCAGGGAACGGAGACCAGCCACCUCUCUCCGGCCUCAUACAGCAGCGACGAGGCCAAAAAAAUGUGCUCCGACUUCUCCCCGUCCAGCUGUGAUAAUAGUUUCUUCUGCAACGGCUGUGACUCCAAAUUCUCAGAGGAAGACUCACUGAAGGACCACAUGGGUCAGGCCCACAGCGACAAGCCAUACAAGUGCGACUGCUGCCAGGCCGCCUUCCGCUACAAAGGCAACCUGGCCAGCCACAAGACCGUCCACACGGGUGCAAAGCCGUACCACUGCAACAUCUGCGGGGCUCAGUUCAACAGACCGGCCAACCUCAAGACCCACACAAGGAUUCACUCCGGAGAGAAGCCAUACAAGUGUGAGACGUGCGGCUCUAGAUUUGUGCAGGUCGCCCACCUCCGUGCUCACGUCCUGAUCCACACCGGAGAGAAACCAUACCCCUGCGAGAUCUGUGGAACGCACUUCCGCCACCUUCAGACGCUCAAGAGUCACAUGAGGAUCCAUACUGGAGAGAAGCCCUAUCAUUGUGAAAAAUGUGACCUCCACUUCAGACACAAGAGUCAGCUCCGGCUUCACCUCCGACAGAAACACGGCGCCGUCACGAACACCAAGGCUCAGUACCGGCGGGCGGGCGGCAACAUGGCGGCAGGCCUGGUCAGCUCCUCCUGAGUCUGACGCGUAGAUCUAAUCUCCGCCUUCUUUAGUCGGAGCUUAUAAGCGAUGACUGUCGACUCCCGGCUGCUCAGAGACUCUGUGCUUUGAUCUUUUGAAUGUACGUCUUGAAUGUGAAUCUGAGCGGGUUUUUCUCUCCGCCGCGCCGCGCAGAUACCUUCCACAGAACGCCAGCCCUCUCCAUGCAGAGAAUCACUGUUACGCUCCGGUUCCAGGCUAGCUCUGACCUCGCCCUGUAAUCCCUCUCAUCCAUUCAUCAGGCCCAUUAUUUUGUGCUUUUUUCAUAAAGCUGUUCAUGUAAAUAAGAAGAUAUCUUUAUAUUUUCAGAUAAUUGCUGGUUGAGUGCGACGUUAUGAACCUUUGGUACUCAUGGAGCAGCUCGGCUCCGCCUCCUUUUGCUGUGUCAUAGUUUGCGGUACAUGCUGUAAUAAUUACAGUCAUAGUUGUUGUUUUUUAACUUGCUACUUUUUGUACAUAUUUAGUUUUUUUUGUCCACUAAAUUUUUGGAGCUUGGUAUCUUGCACA